GCGAUGGUUCUGAACUGCGCUGGAGCUUGGUCAAGUGAGAUUGCAAAAAUGGCCGGCAUCGGUGUUGAGAAAGAGGGCCCUCUGUCGUUUGCAUUGCCAGUUGAACCCAGACUUCGGUAUGUGUACGUUUUUCACUGCCCUGAUGGACCAGGCCUCCAAACACCCAUGCUAAUCGAUCCAUCCGGUGUGUACGUGAGGCGAGAGGGACUAGGGGGCAUGUAUGUUUGUGGAGCAUCCCCUCCCCAGGGCGAGCCGGAACCAGACCCCAACCAGACGGUUGCUGAUGAGGAAUUCUUCAAAAACCACAUCUGGCCAGCUCUUGCUCGAAGGGUGCCUGCUUUUGAAUGUUUGAAGGUUGGCUUGCUAAGUUUUCUGUAUUAA